CAGCGUUAUUCGCUGUGUCUUGUUGUCGACUUGUGUUCUUGUCAUCUGGUAGUUUUGAUUAAUAAUAAUAGAAGGGCAGGUCCCAUCAAUGGAUAGACAAUGAUAUAUGGUAGGCCAGAGUAUUAGUGUUGUGGUAUAUGAUCCACGAUUGAACCACCCCCAAUAAUUUGAGUUAUUGGGAUCAACUGGUUCAUGACAUGGUAUCAGAGCCUUCUGUGAUCGAAAUGUCUUGUGUUCGAUUUCCGGUGACCCCCAUUUGUUAAGCACAUGAUAUUCUUGUCUUCAGACCUGUGCAAACUUCAAGCCCUUGUGAGUGACUUUCGUUUGAGGGGGCGUGUUACUGUUGUGGUAUAUGAUCCACAAUUGAACUUCUCCCAACAACUCGAGUUAUUGGGAUUAACUGGUUCUUGACAUGGUAUCAGAGCCUUCUGUGACCGAGAGGUCUUGUGUUCGAUUCCCGGUGACCCCAUUUGUUAAGCACAUGGUAUUCUUGUCUUCAGACCUGUGCAAACUUCAAGAGGCACCUUACACUUCCAGGCUUCAUGCUGCCAGUUCUUCUUAUUGGUAGAACAUCAAUGACUGCAGCUCGGCUGCUAAUUGACCGAACUAAUCAGUUGUGUCCUCUGCUGUUCCUGUCAGCUUAGUCAUGAGACUGAAACCGAGAAGUUUCGGUUUGUUUUGGUUGCAGCCAGAGUAUUUAGAUCAGUUGUUUCCUCAUAUUUGUUGUGAACUAGAAAGAGUAUAUCAGCUAUAUCUGGUGACCAAGCUUCAUCCUUUUGCCUUCAUACUAAGGCUAGGCUGCUAGGAAAUCUAUGCUUCUGAAUGGCAUUCAGUUUACAUGGUUCAUAUGCUUGAAAAUACUCUGAGAGCCGAAUGCAUCAACAAAUGAUAACUCGGUUUCUAAAAAAAAAAUGUUCUUUCUCAGGUGACUAGGAGCCAGAGCAUAAAAGGAGAGCUGGCGAUGACGACGACGACGACCACAGGCAGAAGAAUAGUGAGGGAAGACACCAUAGAGGGGGAUGCGAUUAGCAACUACCAUCCCUGCAACUACAUCCGGCUAGCUAAACUGGUAUUCCUCAAAUGCUUUGGACUUGAUUGCGAAUUCGAGAGGUCUUCGAACUCCGAGAAGAAGAAACGAAGAUGACAGAGCUUUGUUUGUUCGGUCUUGUAUGUAUGUAUGUUUUGAGGUAAAGCUCGGAGGCAAGGCUUGCGGAAGCGCGGGAGAGUUUCCUAAUUCUUUUACUUGUGAAGGAUGCUCUGAUUAAUGUGCAAAUGUGUAAAUAUUUUGCUUCAAUUUGAGCCAAGAGGAGGCAAAGUGUAACAUGUAAAUUUAGCAAUGUCAUGUGAGACUUUGAAUUGUAGGCUCUUGGCUAGCUAGAGUUAGGGGUGUCCAUUCGGGUUCGGUUUUUCGGGUUUACUCGAAACCGAUCCGAUUAUAUACAUUUUCGGUUUUUCGGGUUCGAGUUUGUUUCGGAUUUCGGAUUUUUUGGGUUUGGGUUCGGUUUUGCUUAUUGGGUUUUCGGGUUUCGGCUGAAAACCUCCAGGAAAUAGCACUCAGUUCGUAUUCUUAGGCGUUCGGAUUUUCGGGUUUCGGUUUUUGGUUUUCGGGUAACCGAAAACCAAAAAUUCUUAUCGGAUUCGGUUUUCAUCGAUUUCGAUUUCAGGUUUCGAUUCGGGUAACCUAACCCGACCCGAAUGGACACCCUAGCUAGGGCUUCCGCCCCAGCCUCAGCCUUGUUGCAUAUGAGCAAUGGACGAUUCUCAAUAGAACCUGUCGAUAGACAUAUGACCAAAAUUCGUAAAACGGUACACUUCAAGGGUUUGUUAAUGUAUUCAACUUUAGUGGUAAGUGCCCACCCCCUAGGCAUAUUAUAUUUUACAAAAUUGUUGAAUCGGGCAUGAUUCUAAAAAAUACACGAUAAAAGAAAAAAAAUUCCAAAUCAGCUUAUUUCAAGUAACAUAAAGCAGCUGCUUGACCAGCUUCUCGUCUUCCGUCUUAUCUUUUCUUAUUCUCUUCCCCACUUCUCUUAGCCGAACUUCCUGUUCUUCUCCCGUUGUUCUUACUCUUUCCGCUGACUUUCCGAGAGUAAUUCAAAUAUCAUGUUAUUAAGAUAAAUAACUUCAAUUAAAAAAUAUACCGAACAAAAAAUUACGGAUUAAAGCUCACAUGUCAUAUUAUAUUCUACAAAUAUGUUGAAUCAAGCAUAAUUUUUACAAAUACACCAGAAAUGAUGGAAGAUUCCAAAUCAGCUCAAAUACGCGAAAAAUGGCUCCAAUGUUCUUUUCCUGUCCUGACAAAAAAAAUGUGCUAGGCAUGAUAAAGCUCUUCUAUCAUGUAUUUUUAUCAAACAUACUCUUUUAUAAUGUUUUGCAUCAAACAUAUUUAUGUAUACUUUGGGAAAAUUAUUAAACAUGCAAUUUUAUUAAAAUUUUCAUCCAAAGACCUACCACCACAAUAGAACCGCGAUUUAGGCGACAUAAAUGUCUAAAAUACCCUUAAUACUUCAUAAUUUUUGCUUUCCUUGGUAUAGCCCAACACUCCUAAUAAUUUCAUUAAUAAAACGGAUAGAAAUAAAUAGACGGACAAACUAACAUUUCUCCUUCCAUUUUUUUCCCAAACCAGAUCAUCUGAACCAUGAUUUGACUGUGUUUGAUGGUAUUUGGAUGUAAAUUUAACCCAAGAACGUGUUGUAUAAUCUUUACAAAAAUACGUUUAAUGUGAGAAAAUAGUUUAAAAAAAAAACAUGACAUAUUAUCGUAUGUACGUCCUUCCACGUCACAUAUAACAUCUCCAAUGAGAUCUCUGGAUUUCCUUCAAUAAAUGGGCGUAUCAUGUAGCUGCAGAUCUCUACAGUCUCAUAUUCUUUUAAUUUGCUCUCGACGUAAAAACAAUUUACUCAGUAGUACGUAGUGCAUGUUUCCUCUCCCAAUGGCGAGUAGAAGCGUAAGCUUAAGAAUAUUGUCACCUAAUAAUUCACCGCCGUGGCCUUGCCAUGUAAUAAUCCUUCUCCUGUCAUUACUACUCGCCCUCCUUCUCCUUCCACUAUCCGCCUAUCCGUCGGAUCUUCCUCCGCCGGCAGCGGCGGCGCAUGGCCGGAACCGGGUAGCUGGCGAGGCGCAGGCUGCCUUCGACUUGAGGGAAGUGGCUCCGAUCCGAGCUUCGAAGGUGGUAGCGGGUAACCGUGGCGAGGCCAGCGGCGGCGAGUCGACGGCCAACGCCGGUUGGGGCAAAGGAGGAGGAAGAAGAAGGAGCAGUGUUGUUUCCGUGGACGCGAGGGCAGAGGAUCAGAAUGGCAGCAAAAGGGAAGAGGAAGAAGAAGAAGAAGUAGGGUGGAGGUGGUGGUGGGAUGAUCUGGUGCGGCGGAGUCCAUGCAUAUUCUCACGCUGUGGCGGUGAUGACGGCGGCGGCGGUGCGGCCGGGGCGGAGACGGAGAGAAUGCCGAUGGCGGAGACGGAGAGAAUGCCGAUGAGGCCAGGGGUGAGCUUCGGCAGAGGUCCACAGAUCAAUUAAUAAUAAUUAGUUAAAUUAGUUGAAUUAUAUCUUUUUUGGUUGGUUUACGCGCCAUAGUAGUAAUUAGUGCGUGUUAAUCAUGAUUUUGUUGUUUGGUGAUAUCUGAAUAGAAUACUUAAAUAAAACAGUAACAUAUCAUAUAGAACAUACUUGCUAUGGGUUGUUCAAAUUUUAGAUGGUAUAGAAACAUGUUUGUUACAAAUUAUCGUAUGAGUAAUUAUGAGCUAAAAAUGGCUUAGUAUAAUGACUAAUUAGUUCAUUGAUAACAGUUUAACAAAAUAUGAAUUUACAG